AUGGCGAUCAAGCGUGCCUCCAGCCUGUGCGUCAUGGCGAUCAUGCUGCAUGGCUGUCUGCUGCCUUUCUUCCGUGUGUCGACAGUGGCUUGCCAAACGUUCAAGCUGUCAUCCACAUACCGGACUGAGCCCAUCUCUGUGGCAACUGUCAUCGGGCUCCAAAUGAACCAGCAGACAGCUGUGCCUCUGGCAGAAGCCACCCUGGACGGGCUGCAUCAGAUGUUUAGGGAGAGGAAUAGGAUCCAAACCUUUGAUAAGAUCACAGGCCUCAACAGCGUCCGGAUUAUCAACCCUGCUGCGAUGGAGAUAGCCAAGCAGAGGGACAUUCAGCUACAAGAACUCCUGGCUCUGAAUGAGACGCUGCCACCGCUCUUCUGUGCCCCUGUCCUUGUCAAGGACAACUUUGACACGCUAGGCAUGGCAGCAACUGCCGGUGCUGUGGGCCUGCUGGACAACCUUGCCGCAGAGAAUGCUUUUGUGGUGCAGAAGGUGAUAGACCAGGGAGCAGUAUUGCUGGGAAAGUGUAAUAUGGGCGAAUUUGCACUCUCGCCGGAUGAGUCAGCAGGCUCAGUUUAUGGCAUUGUCCGCAACCCCUACGAUCUGGACCACACCACGGCUGGAUCUAGUGGUGGAGGCGCGGCAGCUCUUGCUGCAAAUCUGGCGCUGCUGGCAUUGGGCACAGACACAGGCAACUCCAUCCGAGGCCCAGCUGCUCACUGCGGUGUUGUUGGCCUGCGCCCCUCCCUUGGGGCAACAAGUAGGAGUGGAGUAGUGCCUGCCCGGCUCAACAGAGACACUACAGGUCCAAUAGCGCGCACUGUGUCAGAUGUGGCGCGCCUGUUUGAGGUCGUGGUCGGGCACGAUCCCAAAGAUAAUCUCACAUCUCUCCUUCUGCAGGAAGACCUGCACCUCAACAUCAGUCAGUCCCUGGAUGUGAAUGGGCUUGAAGGGGCGCGAGUGGGUGUCCUGAGACAGCUGAGCGACACUCCCACCACAGAUCCUGAGUUCCUCGCUCUCUUCAAUCAGGCUAUUGACGACAUGGCUGUCAGUGGCAUGCAGAAUAUGCUGUCAGCCACAUGCAGGAACGGGUACCUUAACGGCAAGGGGAUUGCGUAUGGAUUCUGGAAUGUGAAUGGCACUUGGGAAGACCUGUGGAACUGCCAGAUUGCCUUCCCCACCGAUUUUGAUGCAUAUGCCAGCGCACCAAACAGGACCCAGCGCUUCAAGUCCCUGCAACAAUUGUACACUGCUGGGGCAUUCCAUCCCAGCAUUGCAACAGAUUUGAGGGACGCCCUCGCACAGAGGUUUGAGCCCUCCGCCUACCCGCCACCCUUCCUAUACGCAAAGGGCUUCCGCUGCGGCUGCUGCGAUUUCUUCACCGACCCCUGCCGCAUGGAAUUUCGCCGGCGGCUGGUGGAGUCCAUGGACAAUGCUGUGGUGGACGUGGUGAUAUACCCCACAUGGAGCAACCCCCCACGCCUGAUUGGAGACACUGUCUCCCCAGACGGCAACAACUCCCCCACCAUCGCCCCCCACACCGGCGCGCCCGCCAUCACCGUCCCCAUGGGCUUCAACAAAGCAGCGGGCCUGCAGCUGCUGGCGCGCCCGUUUGACGAGGCGAGGCUGCUGCGCGUCGCCUACGCGUACGAGCAGGCCACCAUGCACAGGCGAGCCAGCCCGCUCUUCCCAGAGCUGCAGCGCGGAUCAGGCGGCGCCGGAGCUCAAAGGGGCGCCUCAGCUGUGCCCUUCUCGGGCUGA